CUCCUAAUGGUCUUAGUUGUAAUUGCCUCUUGGCGUACAUUGUUGAUUUUUGACUGAAGUCAAUAGUACUUGACUGCUUGGCUAUUCAACACCCACGAUAUUGGCCGUUGUUAAACUCAAAGACUAACAGAGACAAUGGCUCAGAAUGGAGUACAUAAACCCAGGCUUUGUAAAGUAGUGAAGGGAGAAGAUGGAUACGGUUUUCAUUUACAUGGAGAAAAGGGAAAAGUCGGACAAAGAAUACGAAAAGUAGAAGAGGGAAGUGCGGCAGAAAUUGCAGGAUUAAAUGUGGGAGACAAAAUUGUUUGUGUCAACGGUCACAAUGUGGAAAAAGAAUCUCAUCAAGAAGUUGUCAAAAGAAUCCGAGAAAGAGAUAAUGAAACUGAAAUGUUAGUCGUCGAUGAGGAAGCAGAAAAAUAUUACGAGGAAAAAGGCAUUCCAAUUACGUUAGAUUUACUGUCGAAUGGAACAAGUGAACAAAAAGAAGUUGAGACUCAACAAUCAGAUAGUAGCAGUGUUUCACAGGAAAGUAGCAAAGCCGUUGAAAAUAAUGUGGCAACAAAUAAUGUUACUGAAACAAAGACCUCUGCUGGUGCAACCGAGCUGAGGCCAAGACUGUGUAAAUUGCAAAAGGGUGACAGUGGGUAUGGAUUUAACCUGCACAGUGAAAAAGGAAAACCAGGAAGAUACGUUAGAUCUGUAGAUCCUGACUCACCUGCUGCAAAUGCAGGAAUGAAAGCUGGAGAUCGGAUUAUUGAAGUCAAUGGAACAAAUAUGGAGUUUGACAAACAUGCAAAACUUGUCACAGCAGUCAAAGAAUCUGGUGAUUCAGUCAAUCUGCUUGUAGUCGAUGAGGAAACUGAUGAUUUCUUCAAAAGUUGUGAAGUUACUGUAACUGAAAAGCAUCUCACAGGUCCUUUGCCAACACCAAAACCUCCGAAAGAAGUUGAACCGAAGGUGGACUUGGUGACAAUGGAUCUCAACAUGUUAAAAGAGCGAUCACAAUCUGGUAGGAAGAAAAAAGCUCCUCCAACAUCUGACUGGAAAAAUCGCCAAGCAAUGUUUAACAAUUUGUAAAUAUAAUUGCUUAAGUUGAUUAUAAAAUUUUUUAAAUCACAUCUUACUUGAAUAGGUCUGAACAAUAUUUGUAUUGUGUUUCCGCAGCACUUUUUAUAUGGAUCAUGCUUGUUCGAGUAAAAUUGAAUAUUGAUAAUUGACACAACAUUGUCAUAUAUAUGAUCAAAAUAAUUCCGCCGAUUGUGACUUAUAAUAUUCAUCCUGUAAAUAAAAUCAUCAUUUCUUAUUGAUUUUGACAACGUGCCUGGCCGAUUUGAAAAUUAGCCAUUUAUAUUCGAUUUUGAAUUUUACUUUACAUACAUGAUAGUAGUGGAUGUGCAUCAUUAAUUGUUCUUUUUGUGAUCAGCUCGAAAAUGUGCCAGAUUUGAAUUUCUUGAUUUUAGAUACAUGGAUUGCCUUAACAUGAUAAAAACUUGAUAACUUAGCAUCAUAAUCAAGGUGCAUGUCACCGAACUUACAUAUCCCUGUCUAAUUAGAUAUUUAGAUUGGUUAUGUGUUUUAAAUUUUGAACUAAGACUGAAUUAAUGUGGGACCGACUAGUGCUGAAUAAAAUUGUAUUCAUUUUUAGCCAUUUCUUGGUAAAAAUAUCACCAAUUUUCCUAGGUUUUGGUCAGAAAUAUAUUGUUGGGUACUAUUUUUAAAUUAGUUUGUUAUGAUUGUUUGUUUUUCAACAAGUGAAUAUGACUCCUCUGGUAUAAAUUAUAUUUUAUAUUGAAUAUUUUUUGCGCUUUUUGGUACUUCUAUAUCAUAUGAACAGUCUACAACACUUUGAGAGUUUUCGUUUGUACAGCAGUACAAGUACUUGUGUUCUUUUUCUGCAUGCUACUCUAACUUAAAUAACAAAUAGGAUAGGAUAAAAAUUUCUUACCAAGUCUAAGACUAUACACGACAGAGUAGUUUGCCAGCCCACAUAUCUUGAUAAUAAUAAUAAUUGAUAAUAAUUCACACGCAAUGCUAUGACUAAAUGUUAAGCUAUCUACAUUCAACUGUUUGUUUAUUUUAGUCAGAAUUAAUUCUAGUCUUCUAACUCAGCGGACCGUGACAAUCUUUAAUAAAAUAUUGGAGCUGUUAUUCUCGAAAACAACUAAAUAUUGCUGUCUGAGUACCUUAACCCUGACAAGUACAUUUCACACUGUAAACAAAAUUAUUUUUAGUUAUUUUGUGUUUUUUUCAAACGGGGUAUUGGUAUCAGUCAAUCUUCCAGUGGAGAAUUACAGUCACAGAUUGAAUGAGAUUCCAAUGGCUACAAUAGGGCAAAUUGUUGGUAACUGACGCUCCAUGGUGUCCUAAUUCGCCGUUUGUUUUGAAAGACACGCUAUAUUAUAGUCAAAUGUGAUUGAACUUGAGCUAUUUUUGCUAUGUGUAUUGUCCAUUCGCCAACUUUAUGAAAUACCUAUAUAAUUUAUAAUGAAUUUUUAAUUUUGUAAAAUGAAUUGAAAUCGCUUUUGUUUACAAUCACUGUUCCCAAGCAGAAGAUGACAUGAUCAUGUUUUUUUUAUUUGCUGAAUCAAAAUGAUUUGUAAAUGCUUUAAAUAACAUGGGCCAAAAUAUGUUGUGAGGUUAUUCUUUGUUUCAGUCUUAACUCCACAGUUUAUUCCUAGUAUAUUAUCAUAUUGUAUUUUAUCUAUUUGAAUGGUGCUGAAAUGUUUAUUUUACAGAGGGCGUAUUAUAGUUUAUCUAAUGAAUAAUGGUAUUUCUUUGGUGUUUCAGAUCAGCCAAUUCUUUAUUUUAUGUUAAUCCAUAUUUCACCUUGCGUACUAAAUAUUCACAGUAUUGGAAAUGUAUUCAUUGGGAUUUAGGGCUACCUGUUUUUUUAAGAGUAUUAAAAGGCAUGGUUAUUGGUACGUUUUGCUGAUCUGAGCACUGAACCAUUUUUUAUCUCAAUGAACUGUUAUUUUGAAUUUUUAAGAUAAUCUUACAUUAUUAGGCCGCAAUCCUGCAAAUCACCAUACAGACUGCAGAGUUUUGUAAUUAAAUCUAUUAUGAUGUUCAUAUUCCCCCUCAUCAGCAGAAACAAUUUGAAUAAGAAUCUCACAUUAUUGUAAUGUUUCAUUUGUAAUUCAUAUUUUUUCUUUCAAAUGUAUUAAAUGAGUAGUACAUAGUUAUGUUCAUAUCAACAUCAUCAUCUGUAGCUUUAUCAAUGGUUGUGGAAAUGAUUACAAUUUUGAGUAUUCAAAUUAAAAUGUUUCUAUCAGU